AUGUUGGACAACAAUUCCUUCUAUGAAAGCUUGACUCCAUUCAUUUGCCAGCUUCAAGGUCUUGUAAAGCUUUUUGUGAAAGCAAAUUCCUUUUCUGGAAGUCUAUCACCGAACAUUGGAAAUCUUCAGAACCUGGAAUUUCUCGACUUGAGUAGUAAUUCAUUCUCCGGAGCUUUACCUCCCAACCUUGGAAAUCUCACAAGGCUUCAGCAUUUGAAUAUCAGCCAAAAUGGGUUCACUGGAUCGAUCUUUCCUGGCAUUGGAAAUCUGCAGAAUCUCUUAACACUUGAUUUAUCUACCAAUAGCUUGACAAGAAUCUUACCUUCAGAAAUUGGCAAUUUGAUUAGCUGCAUUGGGGAAUCCAUGGUGGAAGGAGUUGACGGCGGCGAGGACGGAGGAGGAGAGGAGAGGCGGAGGGAUUUGGAGGGAGGGGAAGAGAGAGAGGGAGGCGGCGGCAGAGAAUGGGUGGAGGUGGAGAGGGCCGAAGGAGGAGGAGGAGGAGAGGAGGGAGGGGGAGGAGAAGAUGGAGGGGAUCGGGAAGAGGGAGGAGGAGGGAGAGGAUGA